CUUAGACCUAUUUAUAUCCCUCCUAAAACCCCGAUCCAGAUCCCUUCCCGAAGUCGCAGCACUCGCUCUCUUUUGCCCGCAGAAGGGAUUAUCGCUUUCGCGAGUUCUGCAAAAGAACAGUUUCCCGAUCGAAGAUGGUUCUUCAAAACGAUAUUGAUUUGCUUAACCCGCCAGCGGAGCUGGAGAAGAAGAAGCACAAGCUCAAACGACUUGUGCAGUCCCCUAACUCGUUUUUUAUGGUACAUAUUCAUCUAUACGCAUGCUUAUCGGAUGUCAAGUGCCAGGGUUGCUUCAACAUAACCACGGUAUUCAGCCACUCCCAAACUGUGGUGGUGUGUGGGAAUUGCCAGACUGUGUUGUGCCAACCUACUGGCGGCCGUGCUAGGCUUACAGAAGGGUGCUCUUUCAGGAGAAAGGGAGAUUGAUCCAUUGUUGGUAAAUGCUUCUUGAAUUGAUUCUAUGAGCAAAGAAAUGGAGCGCUUGUGGUUUUUGUUCUGGAUUUGAUUUUCUUUUAACAUGUAACCAUGUUAGGAUUGAUUUAUGAGACCUACAUAUUUAUAUUAGCGUUGCUGUUUAAUUAUCACUCGGUUUGCUAUCAUUUGUUCUUUUUGGCAGUGUCAGCAAUUCACAAUAUGAACACUCGAAUCAUUAUUUGUCUAGAGCUUUAAACUUCGUCCAGAUUCAUACUUUAUGCCCUUAUCA